AAAAAGAAAACUAGUCGGUCCAAAAGUGUCAAAGACCAAAUGAGUAAUAAAAGUGCCCUUUUAAGAAAGGGUUUCCUAAUUGUGCUCUCCACCUCUUACUUUUCAUGUUCUUCCCACCUCCUCGAAGAUGUUCUCGCUUGUUCUCUGCUUCGUUUUUGGGUGAUUAACACUCUUCAUCCUGAUGUUGUUGGUUCUGCUGUUAAGAUCAACUUUCAAAAUGCCCGGUUUGGAUGAGUUCAUGAUGAACAUCUGAAGAGAGUACGAGCCUUCAGCUCAGCAGAUUAGCUCCUGAACACUUUCCUCUCGAUCUCCUAGCUGAAUACAGUUUAUGGCUGGUGGAGUAUGUUUCCAGACUAAUGUGCAUACAGUUUCACAGACUUCUCCUUCUCCGGGAAUCUCCUUGAUACAUAAUUUUCCUCAUGAAGCUGAAAUCUCAAGUGUCUCAAGUACUGAUUCAUCAAAUGGUCCGUCAAAUUAUUCACGCAAUGUGCAGGCAGCAUUUGGGCCUCUCAAUGAUGUACAUAUACCGACAAGGUUGAUGGAGAAUUUUCUGGAAAUCGCCAGCGACAACACUAAGAAGGAUAUAGAGACCUGUGGAGUUCUUGGUGCCAUCAUUAAAGAUGACACGUUUUAUACUACCUCUCUAAUAAUACCAAAACAAGAAUCAACCUCCAAUUCUUGUCAAGCCCUACAAGAGGAGGAGAUGUUUGCCAUACUACAUGGACAAUCCCUCUUUCCAAUCGGAUGGAUUCAUACACAUCCGUCUCAGACCUGUUUCAUGUCAUCGAUCGAUUUGCACACUCAAUAUUCGUAUCAGGUCAUGGUACCUGAGGCUAUUGGAAUUGUCAUGGCUCCUACCGAUACAUCAAGGGCAUACGGAAUAUUUCGGCUAUCUGACGGUGGAAAGAAAAUCCUCAAGGACUGCCCAGAGAAAGGAUUUCAUCUUCAUAAAGAACCAGUUGAUGGGAGUCCCCUCUACGGGGAUUGCUCCAAUGUCUAUAUUAAUUCAUGUCUAAGACUAGAGAUAUUUGAUUUACGGUGACCAGAUGAAGUAGAAUUUAUGUCCUGUUGAAAUGCAAGCAGACUGUCAAAACUACAGUGAUAAAAGAACUAGUAAAUGUUGUAAUGAUUUAAGAUGAAUAAAAAUCUGUGGUGUUGGUGGAGGGAAAAUUGAAUCUUACACUGUAGUAUAGGGGCACAAUUGAAUCAUUUUGUAUAUUGUAAUGGUAGAUCUGGUCCACUUUAAUUUAAUUAUUGCCAAUCAGUGCAACCACUGGUGUAGAUUA